UUGGCUGCUGAGAGGCGGCGGAGAGAGGGCUCUGAAAUAAAACUACACAUUACAGUGCUGCCUGUCAGCUCUAAGCCGCUUUAGAGCCAGACACACAACAGCUUGCUGGUGUUUUAUUUCAGCCUUCCAGCAUGUCCUCAGACAUUACCGCGGACUUGGAGUCGGAGCUGGGUGAGUUGCUGCAGGAGUUCCAGGAUGUGGUGGAGGAGCUGAAAGCUCCUUCUCAAAGCAAACAUCAUGCUUACCAGAACGUCCUGCACGAGGCCAAGACUCGUGCGGGUCUGGGUGACGACGGUGGAGUUGAGGACUCUGACUACUGCAGUGAAGCCUCUAUGGGAAACAGUUUGAACACCAGCGAGGAGGAGCUUCACACAGCAGGCAUAACUCUGGCUCCGAAAGCUAAGAUGGGAGACACCAGAGAGCUUGAGAGUUUCAUCGACAUGUUGGACCAGGAACUUGCUGAGAUGUGAACCUGAGGGCGAGAGAGAGAGAGAGAGAAAGAGAGCGAGAUGGUGUAAAUGCUGGGCUCGUCGCUUCAGGAGAAAAGGUUAACUUGAAAAAUUAAAAGGGCACUCAAGUUCAAAAUACAGGAACACCCUCAACACACCGUCCUUGCAGCAUCAGGUUCAAGAUGUGGGACAUAUUUCUCUUAAAAACGAGCAAAGGCCUCAUCUGUGCAGGCACAUGACAAAAAAAACACUGCCUGGAGUAUAGAGAGCAUGAUUAUGUCACAUUUAACAAUUCCCACAAGUGCUAUGCCAGUAAAUGGCCUUAAAUCUCCAUUGUAAUGUAUUUUUAAAGAGGGUUAUCCUAGUUUUAAAUUUAAAUCUGCACUUUAGUAUUAAUAGCAAUUUGAAAUCCAGGGGCUUCAGUUCUGUUAUGUGAAAUCAAAUGUCUGAUAUUUCUCGUGUACAGUUGUUAUUGAUAUUCCUUUUUUUAAUUAACGAUUUUGUAAAUAUGAAUGCAUAAAUAAAGCUACACUUUCAAUUUAA